ACGCUCGGUCGAAACAAAUAUAGCCUUUUUCAUGUUUUCUCUGCCUCGAUAUUUGUAUUCUACUAUAGGGCUAUGACAUUAUUAAUAGUCCAAAAGUAGGUCGCGUUGCCCGCCACUAGGAAGCAUAUCCUCAUGCCAACUCUGUCGGAUCCGUGACAUCUUGGUUUUGGAUGCGUGCACUUACCGGCUCAUGCCCUUCAAUAGUUAAGGGAGAGAACCCCUAGAUUGUAUUCUGUCCCAUUGAAAUACCCUAGCAGUGUACCAUAUAUCUACCUUCCGUUUUCUCCACCGCAAUGGACCAUUUUUACCCCCCAAGCACUGAUGGGUCUGGGCCUGUAACCAAAGCAGAUAUUACACAUAUGUUGAACGAAAUGCAACUCAUACGAGAAGAGAUUGAAAAGUUGCGCCAUAACCUUUCACAAAGCGUUUACUACGCUCGCCUGAGUUAGGCCGAAGUAAUAUUGGCCGCCACGGUGAUAUUUUUCGGGUU